AUGUCGUUAGUAAAAUAUUUGAAUCCUUUUACCAUUAUUAGGGAAUAUAUUCAAAGGCCGAUCGAAGCAUUUGCUGUGAAACAGUACAUGGGAUAUAGGAAGAAGACUGAUGAUAGUAUAACGAAUGUUAAAGAGUUGGUGUACAGAAUUGCUGUAAUCAUAUUGUUUAUUACGGCUAUAUUGUGGACAUCAAUAUUUAUGUAUGUUGGAUUUUAUAAUAUUUAUAUGCCAAAUGUUACUCAUGUGAGACCGGUGCAUUUUCAAUUCAAGCCAUGUGAAGACAAAUCAGGAAUAUGCUCAUAUCCAUAUGCAUAUGUUCCACUGACAAGGCAGAGUAGUAUCCUGAUGCCGAAACAGCCAUACCGAAUCAGGCUGGUCCUAGAUAUGCCUGAGUCACCGGUCAAUAAAGACCUAGGGAUGUUUAUGGUGUGUAUACAGAUGCGAGCCAAAGGCGGAUAUCUAGUGUCCUCGUCUUGUCGAUCAGCCAUGAUUAGAUACAGAUCCUUGCUCCACAAAACAAUGCGAACGUUCGUAUUAUCGCCGCUGUACCUUGGUGGACUGGACGAGGAGAAGCAGCAGCUCAAAGUGGAACUGUUCAGUGACUUUGAAGAUGAUCCGGCGAAUCCAGCCACCGAUGUAUACGUGGAGCUUCAGUCGCGUUACGCCCAGGUGUACUCCAGCGAGCUGCAAGUCCAGGCGCACUUUACUGGACUCAGGUGGUUCAUGUUUAACUGGCCCAAAAUAUCAGCCAUGUUUGGUAUUUCUACCAAUUUAUUCUUCGUGUCCUUUGUGUUCAUACUUAGCUGGUAUCACCUACAAGAUGGGUUACCCGACUUUUUUAAAAAUAAAUUUCGUCCAGCGGUGAAGACUGAAGGUGACGAAAAAUUAUACAUUGGCAAGGUGAAGUUGGAAAGAGAAGGUGAGUUGAAGAUGGUUUAUGGCAUAGACUCGGCGUUAUUCGAAGAAGAUACGCUUCUCAAAGAGUUCCAACAAAUAGAACCGAAAGAAACGAAGAAGACUUAA